AACCCUAGCCCAGCUCUCUCUAGGCCCAGCUCCGCGCCGCAACUCCCCUCCCUUCCUCCAUCCUAUCACGAUCUCUGUACCAAUCUCUCGGCCGCCGGGACGCGGGUCGGCCGUUAGGUUUUCCGAUUACUCGCCUCUCCUGCAUCCGUUGCUCCUAUAUAUCUUGUGAUCUUGUUCCUUCGAUCUGGGUGGUCAGUAUUCCUUCGGCAGCACCAAUUUUCCAGGGUGCUGCGGCUCUCCGUUGUCCCAUUUCUCUCCUACGAGGUGUUCGUAUAUUCAACUCCGUCGCAACAGAAUUAGGCAAGGUAAAAAUAUUGUAACAGAAGUCUUUUGUGUAGUUAACUAAGAUGGUUCAGUACAACUUCAAGAAGAUCACAGUCGUCCCGUCUGGGAAGGACUUCAUUGACAUCAUCCUUUCACGAACCCAGCGUCAAACUCCAACUGUUGUCCACAAGGGAUAUGCCAUCUCUCGCCUUCGUGAAUUUUAUAUGCGCAAGGUGAAGUAUACCCAACAGAACUUCCACGAGAAGCUGUCAGCCAUCAUCGAUGAAUUUCCUCGGUUGGAAGGCAUACACCCAUUCUAUGGAGAUUUGCUUCAUGUAUUGUAUAACAAAGAUCACUACAAGCUUGCUCUUGGUCAGGUUAACACUGCCAGAAACAUUAUUGGGAAGAUUGCAAAAGAUUAUGUUAGGUUGCUCAAGUAUGGUGAUUCAUUGUACCGUUGCAAGAGCUUGAAGGUUGCUGCUCUGGGUCGUAUGUGCACUGUUAUAAAGCGUAUCAGCCCUAGCUUGGCUUAUCUGGAGCAGAUACGGCAGCACAUGGCUAGGCUUCCUUCAAUUGAUCCCAAUACUCGCACAAUUUUGAUCUGUGGAUAUCCUAAUGUGGGCAAGAGUUCCUUCAUUAACAAGAUCACUAGGGCUGAUGUUGAUGUCCAGCCAUAUGCCUUCACUACUAAGUCUCUCUUUGUUGGUCACACAGAUUACAAAUAUCUUCGUUAUCAAGUUAUUGAUACCCCUGGGAUUCUAGAUCGUCCUUUUGAAGACAGAAAUAUCAUAGAAAUGUGCAGUAUCACUGCAUUGGCACAUUUGAAAGCUGCAGUCUUGUUCUUCCUUGACAUAUCUGGAUCAUGUGGUUACAGUAUUGCUCAGCAAGCAGCUCUCUUCCAUAGCAUCAAGUCAUUGUUCAUGAACAAACCACUUGUUAUUGUGUGCAAUAAGAUUGAUUUACAGCCAUUGGAAGCGCUUCCUGAGGAGGACAUGAAGCUGGUGAUGGAGAUGAAAGCUGAGGCUGUCAAGUCAAUAUUAGCCCAAGGUGGAGAUUCCAAGGAUGAUGAGGGAGUUUUACUCACAAUGAGUACUAUGACAGAUGAGGGAGUAAUUGCUGUCAAGAAUGCUGCCUGUGAAAGGCUUUUGAACCAGAGGGUAGAAAUAAAGAUGAAGUCGAAAAAGAUAAAUGAUUGUUUGAACAGAUUCCAUGUUGCAGUUCCAAAGCCUCGCGAUACAAAAGAGCGCCCACCAUGCAUUCCUCAAGCUGUUAUAGAAGCUAGAGCCACUGCUAAUGCGAAGGAGAAACGGAAGCUCGAGAAGGAUCUCGAAGAGGAGAAUGGCGGAGCUGGUGUUUAUUCUGCUAGCUUAAGAAAGCAUUAUCUGUUAGCUAAUGAUGAGUGGAAGGAAGAUGUUAUGCCAGAGAUCCUAGAUGGGCACAACGUGUAUGAUUUUGUUGAUCCUGACAUCUUGCAGAGGUUAGAGGAACUUGAACAAGAAGAGGGUCUGCGUCUUGAAGGAGAGGCAGUUGAGGAGGACUUUGAAAUGGAUGGGAAAGAACUUACUGAGGAAGAGAAAGCACUCCUCUCUGAGAUCAGAAGAAAGAAGAAAUUGCUUAUCCAGGAGCAUAGGAUAAAGAAGAGCACUGCCGAGAGCCGUCCCGUUGUACCAAGGAAAUUUGAUAAAGAUAGAAAAUACACAACUGAUAGGAUGGGUAGAGAGCUAUCUGCUCUUGGGAUCAAUCCUUCUGCAGCUGUCAAUCGUGCUCGUAGUCGAUCUCUCUCUACGAGGGGUCGCAAACGGGAUAGAUCUCUGGCAGGACAAGGUGAAGAUGGGGAAGCUAUGGAUAUUGACACUGAACACUCUAACAAGAAGCUGCGUGUGCGGUCAAGGUCGAUAUCUGCAUCUCGAUCGCGGGCAAUAAUUGCUGCCCCUGGUGGAUUCACUCCUGGAGAAGGGUUCAGAGACAUCGUUCAAAAACAACAGGCACUUAAAAUCGCUAAGAAGUCAGUGAGGCAUAGAAACAAGGCUGCUUGCAAGGGAGAAGGUGAUAGAGUUAUUCCAAACCUGAAGCCAAAACAUUUGUUCUCUGGAAAGCGAGGCAAAGGCAAGACCACCAGGCGCUAGUUUAUGCAAAUGUUUUCUAAGUUUGUCUCCUUACACUUUAUCUUCCCCAUGGACUUGUUAUCAACACUAUAAGAGUUUUGAAGAAAGUGUAUCAAUUUAUUCCAGGUAUUUUGCUGAGUUGAUUGUGACUUA